UUGACGGUGACGUGGGCGCAGGGCGGCAUGCAGCUGCAGGGAGACGGCUCUGCAGACGACGACAACGACUCCGUCAAGGGACGGUGUGGCCGCGCCGGCAGCCUCGCAGCAACUCCCGGGGAAAAACUUCUAGAACUGCUCCGACCGAGCAACGGCACCCCGCGGCGGCACUCGACGGCGGCGUGUGCGCCCGCGCAGCCGCAGCGUCCCGCCGGGUUCGUGUACUGCCCCUCCGACGCGCUACCCUACUGCCCGCCCUCCCGGCUGGCGCCCUCCAGGCCCAUCAUGAAGCUCCAGCCACCGCCACAACAGAUCCAGCCAGUACAGCCGCAGCCGCCGCCUGUGCCUCAGCGCAGCACGGCGGCGGUGGCGCCGACCCCGCUGCCGGUGCCGCCCCCCGCGCCCCCGCGCCGCUCCUCCCCGCAGCCGCCGCGCAGAGUGCCGCCGCCCACACCGCCACGCCCUCCCACAACCACUCCGCAAACAGACCCCAACGGCAACAGAAGAACUAUUGCCCCAGUCCAACCACAACCACGACUUGACUGCAACAGAAACCCACAGCCACUGUCCAGCAGAAGAGCACCUCCUCCCCAAAGAAUCCCAGACUCAACGCCUUUCUCUCCUGCUCCGCUACCACCUCAGAAUCCUGUCCCUCCAAUAAAGCGGUCGCCAAGCUCGGGUUCAAACAUAAGCGUCCGGCAGGAUUCAAAUGUGUCCUCAGACUCGUUCAGCCAGACGUCUUCACCCUCUUACACGACAAAGACUAUGGAGGCUCCUCUACUGCCUCACCAACACGUGAACAAAAGUCUUAACGCUAAGAUAGCAAGAGGUCUGCUGCUCAAAGAACAGCAGGACAGGGACUCAGGCAAUGGAUCGAUCACAAAGAGUAUGUCAACUCCGGCGUCGCUACAGACGAUCGUCAGGUUCCAGAAUGGAAGCAACAUGUCCUUGCAUCAUCGGAUGCUCCGCGACAUGCGCGGCGCCAGCACGGACGCCAGCCCUCACAAGUUCCGGCUGAUGCAGCUCGCGCUCAACGCCGUGGCACUGCUCGCCAUCACCGGCGCGCUCUUCGCGUACUUCAGAGCUAACCCUGCGGUACAGUACGUGUCGCAGGUAGUGAACCGGUCCUCAGUGGUGACCUGGCCGGCGCCGACGGAGCCGCCCGGCGCGCGCAACCCCGCGCCCGGCGUCUGCCUACCCGUCAUCGUCAACUUCUGCCAGCAGCACAGGAUACCAUACAACUUCACCGUCUUCCCCAACUACAUCGGACACUUCGGGCAGAGGGAUGCCCAGCAGGACUUGGAAGUAUACGAAGCCGUGGUGGACGUCCGAUGUUACGACCUGACCGCGCUGUUCUUGUGCUCAUUAUUUGUGCCCAAGUGCGGGCCGCUGGGGCACAUGGUGCGUCCUUGCAGGAGUCUAUGUCACGAGACGAUGCGUCGCUGCGGCUUUUUCCUGGAGGUGUUUGGUCUGACGAUGCCGGACUACCUACAGUGCGACAUCUUCCCCGAGUCCACGGACACGGACGUGUGCCUCGGAAACCGCGAGGUCUCCGAGGCGCGCUUCAGGGACGCCAUGCCCGUGUGUCCCACGGGGUUCCAGUGCGACGUGCGGCGCUGCAUCCCGCACGACUGGCGCUGCGACGGGCACGUGGACUGCGCCGACCGCUCGGACGAGCUCAACUGCCGCGUGUGCAAGCGCGGCGGCGAGGUGCACUGCGGCAACCAGCGCUGCAUCAGCCAGGCGCACCUCUGCGACGGCAAGGUGGACUGCCCCUGGGGGCAGGACGAGAGGAACUGCCUACGUCUGAGUCAAGCGAACGGUGACGUGGGUCGCGGCGAGCUGCAGGUGUACCGCGCCGCCAACCACUCCUGGUUCCCCGCCUGCAUCACUACCCUGGACGAAGACACCGCCAUCAAACUCUGCUCCAUUCUCGGCUACUCCUGGUUAAACAAGAGCCAGGCGGUGAUCAACGAGUCACGUCCAGCGUUCAGCAGCAUCAAGGCGGCAGUGAACGUGACGGUGGGCGCGCGCGCGGGCUGGCCGCACGAGCACGGCGCCGCGCAGACGUACCGCGCCUUCCUGCGCAGUCAGGGGGGACUGCUCAAGGAGCUCAAGGAGUGCCGACACAACUCGCCCAGGGUGCACCUCGUCUGCAACAACUAUGAAUGCGGCAAGCGGCGGACGAUAGGCGUAGCAUCAAAAAGAAUAGUGGGUGGUGUGGAGGCCUCUCCGGGUGACUGGCCCUUUCUGGCGGCCAUCCUCGGCGGGCCCGAGGAGGUGUUCUACUGCGCCGGCGUGCUCAUCGCAGACCAGUGGGUGCUCACCGCCGCGCACUGUGUUGGAAAUCACACGGAUGUUAACGGGUGGACGAUACAGUUGGGCAUCACCCGGCGCCGCUCACAUGCUUAUUACGGCCAGAAGGUGAAAGUAAAGCGAGUGGCCCCGCAUCCGCAGUACAACUCAGGGAUCGCUCAUGACAACGACAUCGCUCUAUUCCAGCUGUCUGUUCGAGUCCGAUACCACGAACAAGUGUCGCCUGUUUGCCUGCCGCCCGCAGAUCGCGUGCUGAAGCCGGGCACCCUUUGCACCGUCAUCGGAUGGGGAAAGCGCGAUGACAAAGAAAUAUCAGAAUACGAGCCGGCGGUGAACGAAGUGGAGGUGCCCGUAUUGAACCGAGACCUUUGCAACCAGUGGCUGGAGCACCGCGACCUCAACGUCACGGAGGGCAUGAUCUGCGCCGGCUACCCCGAGGGAGGGAAGGAUGCCUGCCAGGGUGACUCCGGCGGGCCACUGCUGUGCAAGGACCCCGAGGACUCGCUCCGCUGGUACGUGGGCGGCAUCGUGUCGUGGGGCAUCAAGUGCGCGCACCCGCGCCUGCCCGGCGUGUACGCGUACGUGCCCAAGUUCAUACCCUGGAUACACCAGCAGAUCGAGCAGUACAACGACGAGCACGCCAAGUCCGACGAUAUAUAAGGAUUACAUAUAUUAUAUGACAUCAUUUUGGAAUAAUCUAAUGACAAAUCUAAAAGAUUAUAUAUUUUUUAAUGAUUUAAACGAUAUAUUUAAUAAUCUUUAUAUACAAAAACGAAAACAGAAUUACUCUUUUAUCAGAUUUUAUUAUACAUUUUAAAAAUAAAUUUAGUAAAAGUAUAUUUUGAAAAACGUUAGGGGUUAUUAAAAAUAUAUAAUUAUUAUAGUCUUAUA